GAGGUGAGGCAGUAUCAGCAACAUCUGACGCAUAUGUUGCCUGGGUACCCUGUGCAGGGGAUGAGCGCAAGUACCAGCAGACACCAAGUGGUGGAUGAGCCGUGCGACGACGAGGAUCUGGUGAUGGACGAAGAGCUACGGGAGUUGGAGGAGUACGAUGCCGUCGAAAUCGUCAAAGAGAUUGAAGAGUUCCUCUUAUCCAUUCCCCACAUCGAAGGGGACUACAAAAUAAUCGACCGUCUCGGCACAGGCACCUUUUCGUCCGUCUACAAAGCUAUCGACCUGCGAUACGAAGAGUGGGAUAAUACGCCUUGGCAUGGACAUCACUCCCCUUCCUCCUCUGCGCACUAUCAGUCCGUGCCCCGCCCGGAGGGGUCAAAGGUGUUUGUGGCUAUUAAACGGAUCUAUGUGACCAGCAGCCCGGAACGUAUAAGAAACGAGCUGAUGAUUAUGGAGGAGUGUCGGGGGUGUCGACACGUCUCUCAACUCAUCACAGCGUUUAGGCAUAACGAUCAAGUGGCAAUAAUUAUGCCGUAUCAUCGGAAUGAUGAUUUCAGAGAAUACUUUACGAGGCUUUCAAUGGAAGGUAUCAAAUCGUACUUCCGUUGCAUGUUUCGGGCGUUGCGAGAUAUUCAUAUCAGAGGGAUCAUCCACCGAGACGUCAAGCCCGCCAACUUUCUCUUCGAUCCCCGUACUGGCAUAGGGACAUUGUGUGAUUUUGGUCUAGCUUCCCGCAUGGAGGCGGGCCCGAUGCCAGGCGCAUGCCUCCACGGUCCACCGUCAGCUAGGAACCCGCAUGGGGAGAAUAAAGUUCGGGCCAAGUCGAAGUUGCCUUCCGAGAAAGUGGGCUAUCCAGAUAAGGAUACAAGACCGGUAUCGAAAGCUAACCGAGCUGGAACGAGGGGGUUUCGUGCUCCUGAGGUGCUGUUAAAGUGUGGGGAACAAACUGGUGCCUUAGAUGUAUGGGCAGCAGGUAUCAUACUCCUGUUCUUCCUCACAAAAAAGUUUCCCUUGUUCCAAUCCAGCGACGAUGUGGAAGCUCUCAUGGAGAUCGCUGCUAUCAUUGGGAGGAAGAAGAUGGAAGGUGUGGCUACGCUGCACAGUCGAACAUUCGCUACAAACGUACCAAGUGUG